AUGGCGCUUGAGCAGGCAUCUGAUUUUUGUCUUCUUUAUUUCAUUGUGCAGCUUUUUGCCAUUUUUGCUUUCGCGACAUGUGGGGGCUACUCUGGGCAGCUGAGGGUCAGCGUGGACUGCAUGGAGAAGGCCAGCAGCAACCUCAGCAUCGGCAUCGACUUUGCUUAUCCAUUCAGGUUAUACCAGGUGUCCUUCGAAGCGCCCGUGUGUGAAGGUACGAGGAGGGAGCGCGUGUUCCUCAUUGGAGACUAUUCAUCCUCUGCCGAGUUCUUCGUCACCAUUGCUGUGUUUGCGUUCCUCUAUUCCCUGAUGGCCACCACCGUCUACAUCUUCUUACAGAACAAGUACCACGAAAACAAUCGAGGACCACUCAUUGACUUUGUAGUGACUGUGGUGUUUUCCUUCAUGUGGCUCGUGAGUUCCUCUGCUUGGGCAAAGGCUCUGUCUGAUGUGAAAGUGGCCACUGAUCCAGAUGAGGUGCAGCUCCUCAUCUCUGCCUGCAAAGUCCAGACCAACAAGUGUGGCUCUGUGCACGGAUCACGCUGGUCCGGACUCAACACCUCAGUGGUUUUUGGGUUUCUCAACUUUGUUCUGUGGGCUGGAAACAUCUGGUUUGUCUUUAAGGAGACCGGUUGGCACAAGGGUGCUUCAAGGUUGGCAGGUGGGGCGUCUGAGAAACAGGCUGGCACCUUUAACCAGCAGCCCUACAACCAGGGAAGCUUUGACCAGUCGGGGAGCUACAACACCCAGGGAAACCUCGGCCAGCUGUCUGAGUACGGCCAGGUGGGAGGGCCCACCUCAUACUCCAAUCAAAUGUAG